AUGGCUGAGCACAAAGAGGAGGAUAGGCUUGGUUUCCAAGCUUCCGAGGGAACUCCGCUCUUGCGUGAAACCUCCACCAGCCAUCAAACAACAAACUACCGCAGUGUGACAACCUAUACCAGUUAUACCGGUGGUGCUAAUGAUCGGAGAACAAGUUCAUCCGAUGUUCUGUCCAAUGGUGAGGUUGUUUUCCCCAUUAUCGCGUCCGUCAGUUCUGCUCAACCCAGCUUGGACGUCGAGCCGAACCUGGAACGAGUGUCUUCCGCCGGGUCUGCGAACAAGGUCAAUGGAGCAGCCAACGACACUCCGUCAGCUGCAAAUGAAGAUAAAAAUUAUGCGGCGCGGUUCAUUGAUGUCUCUCCAACCCGAUUCUGGGUUAUUUUUUCUGGUGUGAUGCUCGGUUAUGUGAUCGGCUUCUUCGACUCCACCGUAAUGGCUUCUAGCCACCCGGUUGUCACAUCGUACUUCAACGCGGCAAAUUCAGCUUCCUGGCUAUCAACGGCCUUUCUGCUGACCUCGACGGCAUUUUUGCCACUCUUCGGACGUGUCUCGGAUGCUUUUGGUCGAAAACCCGUUUAUCUGUUUUCGAUCUCAAUGUUUUUCCUGACCACCGCCUGGUGUGGCCUAGCUCGGAAUAUUGGAAGCUUCAUUGCAGCUCGUGCACUUUGCGGCAUGGGUGCUGGGGGCGUUUUUUCCAUGGGCCAAAUUAUUUCCAGCGAUUUAGUGCGCCUUGAAUAUCGGGGUGUCUAUCAGUCCUAUAUUAAUUUGUGUCUUGGCAUUGGCAGCUGCGCAGGACUGGCAUUUGGUGGCUUUCUUUGUGACCAAAUUGGCUGGCGAGGUGCAUUCCUGGUCCAGCUGCCAUUCAUUUUCGUGUACUUUAUUGCCGCCGCUUUUACUGUCCCGGCCGAACUCGGUGUGAAGCGACUCGGUUCAGAGCGCAUGACGGUGUUGCAACUGAUCAAGAGCAUUGACUUGACUGGUUCGUUUAUUCUAAUAAUGGCUGUGACUGCAUUGGUUAUGGGAUUGAAUCUUGGCGGUAAUAUUUUCCCUUGGAGUCAUCCACUAGUCAUAAGUUCUCUUGUGGCUGCCAUUAUCUUGGCCAUUAUUUUGAUACGAUAUGAGCGGAAUGUGCCUCGAGCCGUGCUUCCUAUCGAACUUCUCUCUAAAGAUCCCCGUGCUAGCAUCAUCUUUGGCAACUUCUUUGGCGCCAUUUCAGUGAACACGAUGAUGUUCAAUGCACCGUUAUACUUCCAGGCCGUCAAGCUGACUAGUCCAACGGAUUCGGGCUUACGUCUAGUGGCUGCAUCGAUUGCUGUCACUGCCUCCAGUGUGGGUACAGGAUUCCUGAUUACAUGGUCGAAACGAUUGAAGCCCACAAUCAUUGUUGGUGGUGUUUGCAUGCUCUUAGGUGGCUGUGCUGCCGGCUCUAUGGGUAUCAACACGCCAUAUGCCAUCUCUAUGGUUUGUGUCUCUUUGUCCAGCCUUGGACAAGGAUUCUCAUUUCCGUCGCUCAUGGUUUCGGUUCUUGCCACUAGUGAGCAAGCCGAUCAAGCUGUCGCAACCACUACUCUCGGAUUAGCACGCAACCUGGGUGCCGUGAUGGGCGUCGCCAUUAGUAGCUGGAUUUUCCAGAAUACUCUUUUAUACGAGCUUGAUCAUAAAGUGACAGGCCCCGAAAAAGAACACAUCAUUGGUCUUGUUCGCAAGUCCAUCCGUGCGAUUGCAGACCUAGAUCCUUUGCAUCAACAACAAGUCAUCGGAUCAUAUGCACCGGCGCUCCGUUUAACAUUUCUCUCUGCUGCUUUCUGGGGCGCUAUCAUGUUGGUAUUACACUCACGACUCCGGCUGCCGCGAUUAGGAAGCAAAGCGUAG